UUUGACACCUAGCAUGCGAGUGACGGUGGUGGGGUUAACACUUAAAUGCUCUCAUAUAUCUCAUAGCUCUAAACAGUGCCAAACACCCACCCCAAACACUUGACCCCUGCUGACGUAGGUUGGCCAUUUACUUUUAGGGACACCGGCUCACUCCAUUCUUAAUACUAUUUCUAGUGAAGAGAGAAGCAGGCACCAGGGAUAAAGUGUGAGAGAAAUAGAGAAGUCAAGCUCACUUUACUUGAGUUUUCAGUUUUUGAAGUUUUAAAUCCUCAUCUGCGUUGCUGGUGUUUGGGGAUUUUUGACCUUGAACCACUUUUGUUCCACUUUUCCACUUUUCUGUAUCUCAAUUAGUUUGCAAACCAACGGGGUCACCGAAGGGUAGAGCUGGCUACGAUUUUUGAAAAAGUCUUUUUGUCUGUCUCACGGACGUUAUUGAUACGAUUUUUGUCUCAAGUUGGUGUCUUAACGUGAUUUUUAUAUCACCGUAAGCCAUGAGUACCUUGAUAAACAACACAGUUGGAGAGGGCAAUGGCUCAAAAUUUGACCUCAUCCAAAAUUGGAUUGAGUCGGUGAGCGGCAAGAUGGACAAACUCAUCAACAUCCAAGAAAAGGUCCUCAACCGACUAGAUGGAAUGUCUCAUGACAUUGACGGCAUUGAAAAGGAUAUGGAGAAUCUGAAGGUUGACAAGGAGGAGAUCCAUUUUCCACCAAAGAUGAUGAACCAAACGAAGGUCAUGGGGCUAGAAGUGAGAGAGAUCUGUCAGGAGAUGAGCACCAUAAUGUCAGCGGUGAACCAGCGUUCCGAGCAGCAGGCUCAGAAGCUUGAGGGGAUGGAAAAACUGGUCCUCAGCAUGCAGCAGGUGAUCAGCUUCAUUGGGGAGAAGGUGAAGAGUUCGAAGGUUAUGGAGCUGAUGUUCAAGGACCCUGCAGCUCAGAAAGGCUCCAAAACUAAAGACAAUAAAGGCAAGCAAACCAGUAAGAGAAAAUCAUCUGGAGAUACUGUAAACAAGAAUCUUGACAAGAAACCUACCUCUAAUAAAGCCAGUAAAAGGAAACAGGAGAUAAUUCCUGCAUGUGAGCCCAGUUCUCCACAGCCUUCUCACAAGAUAAAGCUCCAUGGACCAAAGCAUUUCCUCGCCUCUCGCAAAUGUGGAAACUUUUUUAAGGACCACAGAGGUAAGGAUGGGACAGAUAAGCCCUGUUUGAGCCCCAAAGGUCUGAAAGUCCAAAAGAAGAUGAAGCCGCCAGACACAGCAGAAAAGCAGGUGUCGAAGAAACAGGUGUUGUUACUUGAAGAGGUGCAGAAACUCAACAGUGAGAAUGCAGAGAAGUCAGGUCAGCUGCUUACCACUGGAUAUCUGGAUCUUGAGGCUGGAGUGCCCCCUAAAGACCAAAAAUCUGACGCCCCUGCUCCCAGCUUGGUAGACUACCUGCGUGAAGAUUCUCAAGUGGCUGAGAAAGAUGAGGAGGUUAGUGAGGAGGAGAGUGGGGAAGAGACAGAGGAGGCAGAGGUUACAGAGGAGGAACCCAUGCUUGAUGUUGAGGAUGGAGUGAAAGAGAAAGAGGAAGAAACACUCACAGUCCAAGAGGAAAAGAAGAAAGAGGAUGAUGAAGAAGUAGCCAAAGCUCCAGAGGUCCCUGCUGCACAUAAAGACAAUAAAGAGCAAGAUAAAAGCAGAGAUGACACCAAAGAUGCCUCCCCAUCUCUAGAGGCCAAGAUUUCAGAGGUCGGCAGCACAAUUACCAAAUCCUUUGUGACAGAGGAACACUUUGUGGUGGAGCAACACACAAAAACGCAAGUGGUGGAGGUGGUGCAGGAGGAGAACAGGAAGGAAAACAACGAGGAGGACGAACAGGAGGACGAACAGGAGUCUGGCGGAUGGGCCGUCUUCAAAGCAGAUGGAGUUGAAUUCCAGAUAGACCUAAAACAAAGGGUGGAGAGAGAAAGAAAAGACAACAAUGCAGAAGAUGAUGCCGAAAAGGAGGAUGAUGAUGACGACGAUGCAGAGCGGUACUAUAUCGACACCACACCUCCUCCAGCGGCUCCUUUUAACCACCGCAUCAUUUCUGCCAAGCCCAACCAGAUCAUCAACUUCUACACCAUCAACUGGCAGGAGGUCCUGGGCGGUGGUCGUUUUGGCCAGGUGCACAAAUGUGUUGAAAACUCUUCUGGUCUCACUUUGGCAGCAAAGGUCAUCAAAGCAAGGAGCGCGAAAGAAAAGGAGGUGGUGAAGAAUGAGAUCCAGGUCAUGAAUAAUCUGGACCAUGCCAACCUGAUCCAGCUCUAUGCAGCUUAUGAGUCAAGGAAUGACAUCAUCCUUGUACUUGAAUAUGUUGGUGGAGGGGAGCUGUUCGACAGGAUCAUUGAUGAAAACUACACUUUAAUGGAGCUGGACGCUGUCGUGUUCAUCAGGCAGAUCUGUGAGGGUCUGCAGCACAUGCACAAAAUGUACAUCCUACAUCUGGACUUGAAGCCUGAAAACAUUCUGUGUGUGAGCAGAAUCACAAACAAGAUCAAAAUCAUUGACUUUGGCCUUGCUAGGAUAUACAAACCACGGGAGAAACUGCGAGUAAAUUUUGGCACUCCAGAGUUCCUCGCCCCAGAAGUCAUCAACUACGACUUUGUGUCAUUCAACACGGACAUGUGGAGCCUCGGUGUCAUCACCUACAUGCUUCUGAGCAGUCUCUGUCCCUUCCUUGGUGACGAUGAUAACGAGACUCUGAAUAACAUCUUGGCCUGCAAGUGGAGCUUUGAGGAACAAGAGUUUGUUGAUACAUCUCAAGAAGCCAAAGACUUCAUCUCCAGACUGCUCAUCGUGAAUAAAGGCUGGAGAAUGGGGGCAUCUGAGGCCUUAAGACAUCCUUGGCUCGCUGACCCAGUCCUUCAUCAUCGCCUUAAUACAAAGAAAACCAUGUGCCGAUCACGGCGAUCAUCGUGCGUGCCCCAAACUGAUAGUUGAGGGCUACAAUGACGUGACGGCUCCAGCUGUGACCACUCGGACCAACCCUCCUGUCCAUGUUAAAUUACUGAUUUCGAGUCCGUGCACCUGAGGCAUGGGCUGAAAUUCUGGCUACCCCACAAACCUUUUCCUAACAUGUGAUCCACUGUGUUGUGUUAAUGUAAGCAAUAUAUAUAUAUUA